AAAGUAUAAUAAUAAUAAUAAUAAUAAUAAUAAUAACAAUAAAUAACCAUUUUCCUCUUUAAAAAAAAGAAAAUGCUUAUUGAAGAAUUUCAGAUUUCAGGUUUUUGGAUUUGGGACGAUCACCUGGUAAUUAUAAUGUGGAUAUUCCAAAAUUCAGAAAGUUCUGAAAUCCAAAACACUUUUUGUUCUCAGCAUUUUGGAAUAGCGGUACUCUAUCUGUAAUAUAAUAAACAGUUAAUACUGAAGGAAUAUUUUCCUUCUGAUCAGUGCAGUGUACAUUGCUCUUCUCUCAAAGUUCUGUUCUUAGUGCCCUCUUUCUGUGGGUCAGUUGAUUAUUUUUGAGGUGACCAUAAGAUUAUGAAUGCUCACUUUUAGGUAUUUCUCUCUAAUUUCAGCAGGGGAAUAUUUACACACAGCGUGGACACUUUCCUUUUCAGAGUGUGUAUAUUACCACUGGUGGUGUGACUUUAUAACUUGCAUAUCUUUUAGUGGGACCAUUUUUUAAAUGUUUAUUUUUUUCUCAUAGGAAGUCAGGAAUUCCCUCAUUGUGCACCUGUUUUUAGAGUCAUGUCUGUUAGAAAAACAAACAUUUACUUAAGCAUUCCAUUAAGUCUGAUAUAAAAACGAAAGGGUGUCCUAUGUUUUUGUUGUUGUUUUUCACCCCAUUGAAAAAACAGGAGCUGAAUGUAGAAAAGGUUAUGGAUUUAGUUUUUAGACUUGAUUCAUAAGACCUGAACUGGCUAAUAGCACCAUUUUUUUUUCUUUAAUAAACCAUUUUCUGGGCUUUCUCCUUUAGGAACACAGAUAUAAAUUACAGCAGGUACCCGACUUCAAAGAAUUUAGAACUUAGCAGGAGAGAUGGGGAGAAGAAAGGCAGUUAUGACAGUGACAGCAUGGUGUGCAAAGGGGAUCUUUUUUCCCAAAUCCCAGAGCUUAUUAUUGAAAAAUCCAUGAACAAGAUCUGCAUAUUUGUACCUUUAGCUAAGGGAAUUGAGAAAUACAAAGUAAAUUUUGAUUAAAGCUUUCAUCCCUAAUAGCUCACAGUCUCCUUGAGAAGGUAUGACAGUCAACAAACAUAAAAGUAUUAGCAGACAGAACAUACAACUAUGAAGAAACACUACAGUGCACUGAAUGCAAAAUUAUGCACCUGCAUCACCUGCAUUGUGCAAGGAAAAAGAGUUUAGGGUCAAAUCAGUCACUCAGUGCUGUGAAGAUUUUGAAGGACUGGAAGAACAACCAGUUGGGUUGUAAUCAUGAGCCUCUUCUAAUCCUAAACUCAAAAAAGGUAAGAUGAAUUUCUGACCUCUUGAAAACUUUCAAAGUUCAACAUCUCACUGUCUUUUACUUUCUCCUUUUACUAACUAUUCUUCUGGGCAUCUCUCUUUUGUACAAUCACACAUUAAUUGUACUACAGCCUGAGACUGCUUCUACAAUCAGCCUUUGUUCAGGGAAUAUCAAAAAGCAGAGGUAAACUUUCACUUUUGGUAAAAAUUAAAUAUUAUGGCCAUAUUAGGUAGCUAAAGGAAAGCAUGCCAUGGAGUAGAGAAGAGGGUUUCUUCAGCACUAUUUCCACCAAAGGUUAAGACAACAAUGAGACAGAAAAGCGAAGGCACCUUCAGGAUCCAAUAACACAGUUUAAACAGGAAAUAAAAACUAUCUGGUUAAUUCUUACGAGGAAAUAAAAGGAGGCUUGUUAGAUUAAACUCCUUCAGAAUUUGUGUUUUUAUGUGAUUAGAGAAACAAAAACUGAGCGAGCAAAAAGAGGAGACAGAUGGAUAGAAGAAGGUGUGGGGACUACAGAGCAGGAAAAGGAAAAGGAGGGAAAAAAACAGGCUGAAGUGUCAACGCACAUAACAAUGUUGGUCGUUUCCCUUCUUUGUUUCUUCCCACGGGAAGAAACUAGAGUCCAGUACUUGGAUGCUAAUUUGCUGAUGACAAGGAAUUUCUUGACAAUGAGCCUAGAAUUUCUAAGCAGCAGUCUCUCAAUCUGUGAUUACAUAUUUCCAUUCUUUGCAAUAAGUACAUACACAGUUUACUUUCAUUUUUCAGUCUGAGCCUUUUUUCAGUGCUGUAAGAAAGGACGGAGGCUGUUAUCUAUGGCAGAUCUAUCCAAUAAAGGAGAGAAAGGACCGCAUACGCCUGGUUCUCAUCAUAUGCAAUAAAGAGUUUGACCAUCUGCCUCCAAGAAAUGGGGCUGACUUUGCCAUCAUGGAGAUGAAGAAGCUGCUUGAGGAUCUGGGUUACAGUGUGGAUGUAGAAGAGAAUCUGACAGCCAGGGUAACAACCCCUCAGCCACCCCAAACUCAUACAUAUUGAACACGCAUCCUUCUAAUAACUAGUUAGCUUUAUAGAAGCUCAACAAAGUUUAACGACCUCUGCUACCUUGUGUGUGUGUGUGUGUGUGUGUGUGUGUGUGAUGCAAAAAAUGAAAGCAUUAGAUUGGUAAAUUUAUGUCUCUUUUUUGCUCCAAAUGUCCUCAAUUCCAUAAAACUAGACAAAAUAUGAUUGGCACGAGUUUUCACAUUUCUGAUUGAGAUUCAAAGUCUGGUGAUUGGGAUGCAGCCCCAAGAUUCUCCAUAAAAUUAUAUAGUAAUAAGUGUUAAACAGGAGUACAGUCUUAAAACAAAUAUUGAGUCCUAAAUUGGUGACCAAAGCUAUUCCUAGCAUUGGGAGUAGGUCUGUAAAUGAGACAGGAAGUUCCCAGUCGGCAUCCAUCUAGGUUACAGUAGAGAGAAACAGUGAAGUUAUAAGCAAAACGGACAGCUUCAGAGAACAGGUGUGCAUAUAUGUGUGUCUACAUAAGAGUGACAAGAAAGCCAAGAGUAAGAAAAAAGAAAAAGGAAACAUGACAGAGAAUUGUAGGGUAAGGAGCAAUGUUCUUGGGUUGGCUGAAAAAGCCUCCGUGGGGAGAUAACACAGGGGUUGGACUGGACUACCAGAAGGAGACAACCUUGGAGAGACAUGAAUGCAGUGCCUUCAAAGUACGAGAAGCUACCUGUGAAAGAGCUGAGCUGAAAAUGAAACUGGCACAUGAGAAGCACAAAGAGAAGACCAGUAUGACUCAAGUUUGGAGGAGAAGGGACAUAGUAUGCGGGUGGAGUAUGGUCAGACCAGAAGUUUGAUUUGAUUCUAAGCAAACUGGGAUGGGUUUACAAAGAAAGUGGUGUGAUGCAUUUAUAACACAUGACUCUUGGUAGGUAAGGAGAAAGAUUGAGAUGGAAAAGAAAAAGGGAAAUGAGUAACAUAUAAAAAUAUACAAUAUAUAAAGAAGACGGUGUGUCAGCCAGAGAAGAAAAUGGAAACCCAUAGCCCCAUUAAGAAGGAAAUAUGAAACCAUAAAACAGCUGUCAUCACUGAGUAAGCACUAUGUGAAGCGCCAUGACCCAGAUGUUACAUAUGUUUCUUGUUUCGCUCAUGGUAAAUCUAGGAGGUCCCAUUAAUUGUGAUGCUUCUCCGACUAAAGUUAGACAUUGCUCUUUUCCAGAAUAUGAAGUCAUUGCUGUGGGCAUUUGCUGCCUGACCAGAGCACAAGUCCUCCGACAGCACGUUCUUGGUGCUCAUGUCUCAUGGCAUCCUUGGGGGAAUGUGUGGAACUGAACAUGAUGAGGCAAACCCAGAUGUGCUGCUUUCCUUCAGGCCAAAGCUGAAGGAACACUUGAAGCCAGGAUUUUGAGACCAAUUGAUUCAUAGCUCUUGGGAGCUAUUUUUCAAAUGAAAGAGAAAACAGAAAUAAUUUUUCUAAAAACUGGUAACUACAAGAUGAUUUCAUUAUCACUAGGCACACUGUUGAAUGACACUUGAGAGAAAACAAAGUGGUAUGUAUGUGUGUGUGUGUGUGUGUUUGUGUGUGUGUGUCUGUGUGUUUGUAUGUGUAUGGGUCUAUGUGUAUGAAACUAGUUAGAAAGAACAUUAAAAAAGAACAAGGGGAUUCUGAUAGCCAUACUGUAGGAGGCACAGUAGUGUGUAGAAAAUUGUUGUCUCUGCAGCAAACCAUGGGGAACAGUGGGUCAGAGACUGUCCAGCAUCUUUGGGAGUCAUGUCUUCACAGUCACCUAAGAACCUGGAGGAUGCAGUUUGCAAGACAUACCAGAGAAGGACUUCAUUGUUUUCUGCUCUUCAACCUCACGUAUACGUCUUUUGGUGGUAUUAAGUGAUUUGUGGGCCUGAGGCUAUCUUUGAAUGAUUCUACCAAAUCAAGAAUCCCUAAGAAACAAUGAUCCGAGGGAAUGUUGUGUGCUCUCCCAUAUUUUACAUGAUCUUAGAUGUGAUGUGAAAACAGAUUCCUUCCCCCUCCCAUACCCACAUUUUUAAAAAUUGUACUUUUCUUAUAAGUGUUACAAUUUAAAGCCAAAGGCAUACCAAAUAUUAAAGCAACACAACAUAAGGAAUCCCAUUCACCACACACCAUUUAAACACAAAUGAUGGAUUCUGUUAUUUAUCAAACCCAUUUAAUGUUUUGUGUAGUGUUUUCAUGGAUUCCAGGAAUGGCUUCCCUUUCUCAAAUGAUCAAUUUCAAGUCUUAUUCUCCAUAUUUCCCAUCUGAUUCCACUAUGAGCAGUGCCAUUGCAUGCCCUACUAGAACUGUGGAUACCCUUUAAAACAAGUAGAAGAUGAUAGGGUGGGACUCAUUAGGUCUAAUCUUGGGGAACACUGGUUAUUAUUUCACUUCUAGGUAAUUAUCUUAAGGAGUAUACAUUUAACCAUUUUUAAUUUGUAUAUUUUUAAGUCUUAUUUUUUAAAACCAGUUUACUGAGGUAUGAUUGACAUAUAUAAUGUUACAUAUAUAAUGUAUACAACUUAAUGAGUUACAGAUAAGUAUGCACUCCUGAAAUCGUCACCACAAUCUGUGCCACAAAUAUAUCUCUCUCCUCCAAAAGAUCCUUCCACUUCUCUGUUUAUUACUAUAAUUCUACGAGUGCAUGUGAAAAUAACACUUAACAUAAAAUCUACCCUCUUAGCAUAUUUUAAGUUUACAAUACAGUAUUGGUUACUAUUGGCACCAUCCUGUACAGUAGAUUUUUAUCACUUUUUUCAUCUUCUAUCACUGAAACUUGGCGUGUGUUCAUCUAUUUUGUUUAUUAUAUGGUGAAAGACAGCAUGGCAUAAUCUGCAAACAACUUGGGAGCCUAGUGGCCAUUUUUUGUUGCUUACUCACUGUGGUAAUAUGAGGGAGUUUCUUCAUCGUUUGGAGCCUCCAUUCCUUCCUCUGUAAAGUGGGAUAAUUCCAGUUAUUUCUCAAGCCCCUAUAAAAGCCAAGAGAAUAAACACAAUGUUUGUAGUAGAAAGUCAGUCCCAAGAAUCAAAAUACAAUCACUACGCAAUCUCUUGCAAUGCUUACAAACUACACCUUUUGAUCAACUGUUGCUAGGUUUUUUGUUGACUUUAUGUGGAAAGUGGUUAAAUGUAAGGUUGUAAACAUGUCGUCCAAAUCUGUAAAGAUAAUUCCCAAGCUAUGCUUUUAUUAAAAAAAAUCCUCAAAACAAAAAUGUAAACAAAAACAUAGUGAAGGUCAUAGCCCAAGGCAUACCCAUCUGUAUCAUCAUAGAUAACGUGUCCAGGAGAGACAGCACAAGGGGCUCCAUCUUCAUCACACAACUCAUCACAUGCUUCCAGAGAUAUUCCUGGCGCUGCCACCUAGAGGAAGUAUUUUGGAAGGUUCAGCAAGCAUUUGAAAGUCCGGAGGCAACAGUCCAAAUGCCCACCAUAGAACGAGUGUCCAUGACAAGAUAUUUCUACCUCUUUCCUGGCAACUGAAAAUGGUUAAGCAUUGAGAGUUGUUGGUGGUGUAUGAAAUAAAUGAAAGUGUGAUAUUGGAGGAAACCACAAGCAGCCCAGCCCUCCUUUAUCAACUUCAAGAAACACCUUUACUAGUACAGAUUGAAUGCUUAACAUUUUGUAUUUCAAUAAAGGUGAAGACAAAUGAACUGUGUCUUUUUCUUUUUUUCAUAGAGAAUAUAAUUUCACUGAAAAUGGUGGGUGAGUCUAAAUGAAGUGGAAGAAGCUAACUGGAUUUUUGAUCUUUAUACCUCAUGUAAUAUCUGAUGAAGAAAACUGACUGUGACUUAGCCCCAACAAUAGGAUGAAAGAAGAUGAUGCCGAAAACGAUAGUGACGUAGUGCGCCUCAUACCCAUUAGAAUGAUUCCCAUCAAAACAAACAAACAAACAAACAGAAAAUAACAAGUGUUUGCAGGGAUGUAGAAUAAUUAGAACCCUGUGAUCUGUCGUUGAGAAUUUCAAUUGGUACAGCUACUGAGGAAAGCUGCAUGAAAGUUCUGCACAAAUUAGAAGUGGAGUUACCAUAUGAUCCAGAAAUUCCAUCUAUGGGUACAUACCUAAAAUAAUUGAAUGCAGGGUCUCAAAGAUUUAUUUAUACACCCACAUUCAUAGAAGCAUUGUUCACAAUAUCUAAAAUGUGGAAGCCACACAACUAACCAAUAAAUGAUAAAUGGAUAAACAAAAUGUGGUAUACACUCAUAAUGGAAUUUUAGCCUUAAAAACAAAGUUCUGACAUUUGUUACAAUAUGAAUGAACCUUCAGAACAUUAGGCUAUGUGAAAUAAGGCAGCAACAGAAAAACCAACACUGUAUGAUUUCACUUACAUAUGAGGUACCUAGGGUCUCAAAUUCAUAAAGACAGAAAGUAGAAUGGUGAUGGUCAGGGACAGUGGGUAGGAGGAAAUGGGGAGUUACUAUUUAAUGAUCUAGAAUCUCAGUUUUACAAGAUAAAGAAUUCUGGAGGUAGAUUGGGGUGACUGUUAUGACAUUAUGAAUGUAUUUAUUAUCACCAAACACCACAUGUAAAAAUGUUAAGAUGGUCAAUUUGGGGGUAUGUUUUUGUUUUGGGGUUUUUUUUUUGAGACAGAGUCUCCCUCUGUCACCCAGGCUGGAGUACAGUGGCCCAAUCUCACUGCAAGCUCUGCCUCCCAGGUUCAAGCCAUUCUCCUGCCUCAGCCUCCCGAUAAGCUGGGACUACAGGCACCUGCCACUACACCCAGCUAAUCUUUUUGUAUUUUUAGUAGAGACGGGUUUUCACCGUGUUAGCCAGGAUGGUCUCCAUUUCCUGACCUCGUGACCUGCCCACCUUGGUCUCCCAAAGUGCUGGGAUUACAGGCGUGAGCCACUGCGCCUGGCCGGGGGUAUGUAUUUUUACCACAAUAGGAAAUUGGGAAAAAAUGGUGUUAAUUGGAGGUAAGAAGAGAUGGAGUAAAUUGCACCCAGGAAACUCUGAUCAACUUACACAGAGGAGAAUUAAGCUACUAUGCAAAAUUGAUGAAAGAAGAAGUGAGAGUUAGGUAUAUUAUUAUUUCAAAAUGAAUCAAGGAAAUAAUUGGAAAUCACACUAUUAUCAAAUAUAAGAUAGAAUAGGAGAGAGAAUUCGCAGUGUGAAUGAGCUACAUCUCAUUUUUCAUAUGAGACAGUUAAUAGUAUUGUUUGUAAUUUUUAUAUCAUGAAAUAGAUAAAACAGGCAUCAUUGGGUGUUCCAAAGAUUGUCAGCAAAAAAUAAAGCAAAUAACAGAGAAAUUACACCUAGUUUGUGGGACCAAAGAUGAAAAGCAUAAAAAUCUGAUUUUUAUUGUAGUGUUUUCUGUACUACUGACAAAACUUCUUAAAAUUGUAAUCUAUCCACAUUUUAAAUAGUAUACAGCCAUCAAAAAUCAGAUAGUGUUUCAUGUGUUGAUUUUUUAAAAUGUUUGUCACACAUUGUGAAGUUAAAUAAAGCAAAUUAUCAAUAAUAUAAUUUUAAGAUACUGCCACUAUAGAAAAAAACAAUCUGUAGGUAAUUAUGUGUUAUCUAUUGUUGAGUAUCAAAACACCCCAAAAUACAGUGGCUUCACACAAGAAGCAUUUAUUAUUAUUACAAGGUGGCCAGUCAGCUGAAUGUUUCUUUUUGUCACUGCUAGGAUUGUGUCUGAGAUCAUCUGUGUGUAGGGUAGGCAUCUCUGCUGACAAGGCUGGGAUACCCCAUAGGUUGGGAAAACACUUGGCUGGAGGCUGGCCUAGGUUGGCCUUGGCUGGGAUGACUGGGCUCUUCUCCACAUGAGGUCUCUAUUCAGCUAGCAAUCUAGCCCAGGCUUAUCCUCAUUUAGCUUCAGGUGUUCAAGAGGAAGAAGGGCACAAGGAUUUGUAAAACUCAGACUGGAAACUCCUUCAGAUCCCUCUGCUCCAUCAUGCUGGCCAAAACCAACCUAUAAGGCCAGUUCAGAAUAAAGUAAAGGCCAAAAAAUGCUAGGAGGCCAUUGAUUAGAGCCAUGGAUAAGAUCAGUAUUGCAUUAAGUGUUUUGUAAAAUUAUUUAAAAUAUUACACACAGAUACAAGCUAAACAUAUCGUUGUGAUUACCUUGCCAUGUGAAAUUAAAUAAUCUACAUUUUUCCAUUUUAUAAACUUUUCUGUUGUUUGAUUUUAAUGGCACACAUAUAUCUGUUUCAAAAAUAAGUGAAAGAGCUUCUUGUUCAUUUAAUGAACAAAAAUACAUUGAUCUUGUGGAAAAACAACAUCCCAAUUUAAAAAUGAGUGGAUCAGGAAAGAGAAGAAAAGAGAUCACUUAUGUGAGUUUCUCAAAUAGUGAAGGGAGUAUCACCAUUUGGCAGUCUUCAGUUAGCCUCUUUCCCUUAACUUCCAAAAUCACACUUCCGGGGUUGAGUAAGUAUCAGUGAAGUAAAGACUCCUGACCAUUUAGAGGCUGAUGGCAUCAGACAGACAAACAGAGAUUUAACUUAAUUUAUUAACAGUGUUAAAAAUAGACAGGAAAACAGAACACAGAGAUGGGUUCUCAUGCAAGUGUACAUGAUUUCAUUCUGUUCACUUUGUUAUGUCAAAAAGAAGAAAACACCUUCUGCUUCCUAUUUUCCAAAGGAAAGCAGUUAUACACGAGAUCAGGAGUCUAAUUUUAUCUUGGCAAAGAAAAAGAGAAUUUGAGGACUGGGAAUUUUCCAUUUAGGGUAAUAUCAACAAGCUGGUCCACUGAGAGGAGAGCAAGCCUGUUGAAAUUGUUUUUGCUUUCAUAGCUUUUUCCUGUCCAGGGAGCAGGAGAAGCCAUGGCUGAUGAGAAACCAUCCAACGGUGUUCUGGUCCACAUGGUGAAGUUGCUGAUCAAGACCUUUCUAGAUGGCAUUUUUGAUGAUUUGAUGGAAAAUAAUGUGUUAAAUACAGAUGAGAUACACCUUAUAGGAAAAUGUCUAAAGUUUGUGGUGAGCAAUGCUGAAAACCUGGUUGAUGAUAUCACUGAGACAGCUCAAAUUGCAGGCAAAAUAUUUAGGGAACACCUGUGGAAUUCCAAAAAACAGCUGAGUUCAGAUAUAUCCAGUGAUGGAGAAAGAGGGGCGAACAUGCCUGGCCUCAACAUCUGCAACAAAGAAUUCAACUAUCUUCAUAAUCGAAAUGGUUCUGAACUUGACCUUUUGGGGAUGCGAGAUCUACUUGAAAACCUUGGAUACUCAGUGGUUAUAAAAGAGAAUCUCACAGCUCAGGAAAUGGAAACAGCACUAAGGCAGUUUGCUGCUCACCCAGAGCACCAGUCCUCAGACAGCACAUUCCUGGUGUUUAUGUCACAUGGCAUCCUGAAUGGAAUCUGUGGGACUAAGCACUGGGAUCAAGAGCCAGAUGUUCUUCACGAUGACACCAUCUUUGAAAUUUUCAACAACCGUAACUGCCAGAGUCUGAAAGACAAACCCAAGGUCGUCAUCAUGCAAGCCUGCCGAGGCAACAUAAUGUCUCUCCCAGAUGGUGCUGGGAUUGUUUGGUUCACCACUGACAGUGGAAAAGCCAGUGCAGAUACUCAUGGUCGGCUCUUGCAAGGUAACAUCUGUAAUGAUGCUGUUACAAAGGCUCAUGUGGAAAAGGACUUCAUUGCUUUCAAAUCUUCCACACCACAUAAUGUUUCUUGGAGACAUGAAACAAAUGGCUCUGUCUUCAUUUCACAAAUUAUCUACUACUUCAAAGAGUAUUCUUGGAGUCAUCAUCUAGAGGAAAUUUUUCGAAAGGUUCAACAUUCAUUUGAGACCCUAAAUAUACUGACCCAGUUGCCCACCAUUGAAAGACUAUCCAUGACACGAUAUUUCUAUCUCUUUCCUGGGAAUUAAAACUCAUAAGAAGCAACUCAGGAAAAUGAAGGCAUUAUGGUGUCUAUGAAUCUGCUAUUAGAAAAGGUCAAUUUUUGAUUAAGAAUAUUUUUAUACCAAACUGCUCAGCUGUCCACCUUUUCAAAUACCAGGCUAAAAUCAAUCUCAUAUUUUUGCUAAAUUAAUGCUUAAUAAAUUUUUAUUAUAAAA